UAAAAGCGUCACCAAAUUGGAUACACCUGCGUCUACCGGAGUAACGGCGACGGUGGCAACUUCUUUGUUUUAGUCACAAAGUUGGAAAAAUAAUUAAUAGCUUUUAACAUUCGUGUUGUCAAUGACAUUUAGAGGUAGAACCAGGGGCCAGUUUGUGAAGAUAUUGCGGGUUUGUGUCUUGGGACCAUAAAAGUACAGAUAACCUCGCUAACGUUAGCUAGAUUUUUUUUUUUUUUUUAAGAAACUGCUAACCGCGACAUAAAUUUGAAACGGCUAGCGUUAGCGGUUAGCUUCGUCUGUAAUAUAAAUCUGCCCCUAAUUUUAACGAUGAAGGAGAUAAUGAAGUGUGUGAGCCACCAGCAGGCCAGCCAGCUGCUCCACAACAAGUUCGUUGUGGUGCUGGGAGAUUCCAUUCAGCGGUCUGUAUACAAGGACCUUGUGCUGCUGCUGCAGAAGGAGAAAUAUCUCACCUUAAAACAACUCAAGAGCAAGGGUGAGAUGAGUUUCGAACAGGACUGCCUGGUAGAAGGGGGUUGUCUGAGAGAAAUGCACAAUGGAACAGAGUACCAAGAGGUUCGGCAAUUCCAGUCCACCCACCACCUGGUCCGCUUCUACUUUGUAACCCGCAUCUACUCUCGCUACAUGCAGAGCAUCCUAGAGGACUUCCGCCAUGGCUUGAAACCAGAUGUAGUCAUUGUCAACUCCUGCGUUUGGGAUGUUUCAAGAUACAAUAACAAAUGGAUUGACGACUACAAGGAGAACCUGCACAGAUUCUUUGAUGAGCUGAGUGGGAUUCUACCUGAGGAGACCCUGGUUAUAUGGACCCUCACCAUGCCCUUAGCAGAGAGGAUCAAGGGUGGUUUCCUGGUGCCUGAGAUUGAGCACAAGGCCCCCCAGCUGCGUUAUGAUGUGAUCGAAGCGAAUUACUACAGUGGGACUGUGGCUGACGCCUACGGGAUGGAUGUGUUGGACCUCCACUUUCAGUUUCGCUUUUCCCUGCACCAUCGUACAAAGGACGGAGUCCACUGGAACGCCCUUGCCCACCGCAGGAUAACCUCUCUGCUGUUACAGCACACUGCACAGGCCUGGGGUGUCAUUAUGUCCUGUCCACUGACAGCUGUGGAACAUACUGAGGUUACUGUUCAGCAGCCGAUCUACAGACAUGCUGCCAACCCUACAGGAGUAGGGAGUACGUCUAACUACCACUACCCUCUUCCUAUCAACUAUUUUUCCAACAUGGAGAGGCAUCCAGCACAGAGAAACUACAGUGGCUACAGGGAGGAGUUCUUCAGUGACUCCCUUCCUUCUAGCUAUUUGAACUUCGAGGUCAACAACCCGCUGCUACAGACAUAUCGCCAUGAAGCAGCUGGAGCUUUAAGACCUGCCCUCCCACCACAGCCUCUCCCAUCAGCCAACAGACAGAGGCACAAACAUGGACAGGCUGGAAAUGGUUUUGACUACAGACCUCCCCAUCACUUUGAGCGUUAUAAUGAGUACCAUCAUCAGAACGUGGUGAGGAGCCGACAGAGCAGACGCCACUAUGCUCCUUACACCCAUCACAGACCCAAUCAAUAUUCCCACAAUGGCAGUUACUACUGAGAUGUUUUACACCAUUCAGACUUGGUCAGAUUUCUCUUAUUGUGUUAUCUACUCUGAUCUCCUGCAGAAUCUGCAGUACGUUGUAUUUCACAAGUCUUCUGUCUUCUACAUCAGAACCAUACAAAGGCUUGUAACAGGAGGAACGUUAAAUUUCACACUUAGUUCAUUCCCAGAUUUUAUUGAAUUCAGUUAAAGUCCUCCUUUUCUUAUGUAAAUUAGCACUCUUAGUUGUUACAAAUUUCAGUUGUUUGUUCUUUAGCACCAAAUAGAUUUUAAAUAUAUUGUUCAUUUGAAGGCAUUUUUUAAAAUUCUGCAGCUAAAAUGUAUCAGGUGCUGUGUUCUAUUAAAGCUGAUGCUAAAA